GCGAAGCCCGCCGCCGUUGACAGAGCUGUUAAAACAAACGUGGACUUCAGAGAAAACGACAGAACGCCUAGCAGGUGACAGUCGGGCUAGACACACCUGUCAGGAACUCGUGACUGGAAACGAGUACCUCUGUCCCAUGGCCAAAUCCCUUAUAAACUGGCAUUAACGACUCCAAAGACACACGUGACCCUUACAUGAAGCCCCGCUGUUGUUUUUGCAGCAGGCUGGGUUUCACAGCUUGCACGCACCAGGAAAAUAUGAUCAGGCCUCUGAGCAGAUCUGCAGCAGGGCGGCGUUUUCAUUUCCUUUUGUCGCGACGUGAAGGAGAGGAGACCAGCGUUCCGCACCUGUCCGAUGGCGUGUCCCUUCCACGAGCAGGACCCCCGGCGCUGACCCGCUGCUCUGGGCUCUGAUGGCCGCUGGGCUCGGCGGGUGUCCGUGCUGAAGGCCCCAGCGGCCGCGGGAGGCCCCCCCCGGGGUGAUGCCGGUGAUCCUGGGGGAGGUCAGCGUGCUGACCACCCCUCUCUCCCUGGUCAGGCUCUUGGCCAUCACAUUCGGCUGCGCGGUGUUCAGCCUGGUGGCGGCGGACGACCCUGGCGGCUCCCCCUUCAAGAUCUUCUGCAUGUUCACCUGGUGCUUCUUCUUCACCAUGACCGUGCUCAUCCUGCUGGUGGAGUUCAUCCAGUUCCAGAGCCUCGUGCCGCUGUCCUGGAAGAACCUGCCCAUCACCGUGGCCACCCUGGCCGCCCUGAUGACCCUGACGGCCUCCAUCGGCUUCCCCUGGCUCGUGCUGCCCCCGGCGGUCAGCGGCAGAAUGGUCGCGGCCACCGUCUUCUCCUGCCUGACCUUCCUGGCCUACAUCACGGAGGCCUACCUGCUCAAGGUGGGGAGCUCGGAGCAGCGGGGCUACAUGGCCAGCGCGCCCGGCCUCCUCAAGGUCUUCCAGGUGUUCGGGGGCUGCGUGAUCUUCGUGGCCGUCGUGGACCACGACAGGCGGGCGGCUUAUUUCUGGUGGUGCCUGGCGGUGUACUGCUGCUGCUUCCUCAUGUCCCUGGGCACCAUCCUGGUCAUGCUGGGGGACUGCGCCGGGCGCUGCCCCCUGCCCUUCAGCCGCGUCCUGGCCGCCUUCAGCUCCCUCAGCGUCCUGCUGUACGUCACGGCCACCGUCUUCUGGGUCACCGCCGUGCUGGGCCCCGGCCCCCAGAACCAGAACCCGAACCCGAACCCGAGCCAGCCCCGGCCCGGCCUCAUCAUGAGCACCGUCAUGACCUGCCUCAACCUGCUGGCGUACACGGUGGACCUGGCCUUCUCCAUCAAGCUGUGCGCCAGGGCCUGACGGGACAGACCGCCCCGCUCUGCAGCCGAGCCGCUCGCCGCUGGGCUCCUGUCGCCCUUUUGUCCGCAGUCCUGGGACAUAAACGCACCGCCGCUGGGGACUGAGGUGUGAACUGUACGCCUGGCCUGCAGCAAGGACCUGUGGAAGCAGGUAAUCUGUUCAGGAGACAUAGAUACAUAUUAACAGCAGUCUGCAGCUCCGGACUACACCUGUGACUGUUCGAACGCUCCGGUGUGCUAGGCUUCAAAAAGAAAUAUUUUGCUAGGUUCUUUAUCAUUCUAAUUAAAAUACAGUACUGUAAAUAGAUUUUAUUUAGAACUAUAAACCCAUCUUCCCUGAGACUGAUAUAUGCAUAAACCGCGCGGUAGCUUUGCUGGUAAAGCACUCGGAUCUGACGGAUUAUGUCCUCGGCCGUGAGGAACGAGGGCGAUUUUUUUUAGGGUGGGUCAGCUGGAGGUGCUGUGGGCUGUGAGAGAACAAACAGACGUUUUGUACAGAGAACAAUAUGAGGGCUCACUUUUUCUCGCACCUGCAGUGUUUGUGGAUUUGAGGGUGAGAAGAUGUACAGGUGACGAGGGCCCGUUUUGGUGUCUCGCGGGCUACAGGGGACCGUUCGUGGCUUCUGUGCAGUGAAACCUAUCAAUAAACCUUUUAAACGAGUA